CCUUCUGUCCCCUCCCAGUGAGUCUCCCUCCCUUUGCCACUGCAGAGAAAGCCUCGGUACAGCACCGUGAGAGGCGGAGAAGAGUGCCUGAAGCUUAGUGCAAAAGCCAGGACGAGACCUCACAGAGCAACACAACCAUACUUUAUUAUUAUUUUUUUGUUGUUGUUGUUGUUGUUGCAUUUCUCGCCACAGUUCGGGCGGCCUACCGACUGUUGAUCCCCCCUGUUGAUCCUCCUUUCCGUUUACUUCGCCUGGAUUUCAUCAUCCGACCUGCAACAUGGGAAAUGAAGCCAGUUUCCCCCUGGAGAUGUGCUCACAUUUCGAUGCUGAUGAGAUUAAGAGGCUAGGGAAGAGGUUUAAGAAACUCGACCUAGAUAACUCCGGCUCUCUCAGCGUGGAGGAGUUCAUGUCGCUGCCGGAGCUUCAACAGAACCCGCUGGUGCAGAGGGUCAUCGACAUAUUUGAUACAGACGGGAACGGGGAAGUAGACUUUAAAGAGUUCAUCGAGGGAGUCUCACAGUUCAGCGUCAAGGGUGACAAGGAACAGAAGCUUCGAUUCGCUUUCAGGAUCUAUGACAUGGACAAAGAUGGCUACAUCUCCAACGGCGAGCUCUUCCAGGUGCUGAAGAUGAUGGUAGGCAACAACCUGAAGGACACGCAGCUCCAGCAGAUCGUGGACAAGACCAUAAUCAAUGCAGACAAGGACGGAGACGGCAGGAUAUCGUUCGAAGAGUUCUGUGCAGUGGUCGGAGGUCUCGAUAUACACAAAAAGAUGGUGGUGGAUGUGUGAACACUCCUCCGCUUGCUGUCUCCCCCCCUCCCCUCCCCUCCCCCCCUCCUUCCUCGACACUUGCUUUCUCCACCAUCUCUGAAGAUCUGCUGAAGACGUCCGGCAAAAUGCUCUCUGUGUAACUCAAUGGAAGUAUUCUCUCUCUCUCUUUCUGUGAAGCCACUUUUCUUUUAAAAACAAAAAACAAAACAAAAAAAACACGGGCCUUGCGAAGCCACAACUUUGAAGUGUUGUUGAACUGUAAAUCCUCUCAAUAACCUGGUCGUAGCACUUUAAGAGACUGAAGGACAUCUAUUUGUCAUUCGCAAGAGCAUCUCAGAUUGUGGAUGAGGGGGGAGAACGGUUUGGGGGAAGGGGGGGCACAGUGAAGAGCCUGGUUGGCGUUUUCACAUUUCAUCCUUUUUUUUUUUUUUGGUAAUUGUUAUUUUUGAUAUUUAUUUUUUGUUCUUGUCUUUUAUAAAGAAGAAAAAAAAACAAGUAUAUCUUGUCUGCUGAAGUGUAUAGUAUUUGAACACUUGACUUCCAGUACAACUAGAAAGUAGGGUAUGAAGUGCCAACCAGAACAUAUCCAGAAACCAGUCUGAGUUAUUACCUUUAUCACCGCUGUCAUUCAUGCCAUGCUAACUGGCUGCUGACGUUUCUAACUGCAAACUAAAUUUCAGAUUUUUUUUUUUUUUUUUUUUUUACAUUGUGUCGUUUUAGCUUCCAUACAAGAUGUUUGAUUACACCAGCGAAGCUUUGGUCACUCGUUCAAAAGAACUACGUCUUUUUUUGUGAUGAAGUUGCUAGCUUUAUUCAUACUUAAGAAUGUGUUUAUAUUGUUUGAGAUAAUCCUCGUUUUUUCCUGUCCUGAAAAUCUAGGUGGAUAAUUAAAUGCCAAGAAAAUGUCUUUCCAAAAUAAUCUGUGGCUGCAAACUGAUACAUGGUUUACUCUUGAUGAAGCGUGUGUCAUUUCAGUGUGCAUCCAUAAGACAAUCUGCAGUUCAAAGAAAAAGCUCUGCACUCACACUGACCAAUGAAAGAUGGUGAAUUCAUUGCAAGGCUUUUGUUUCGUCUUCAAAACAGGGGCUGGAUGGACUUGGCUAAGAAGUGAGAGUAAUAGUCUGAGAGUGAAUAAUGGUGAGAUUAUACACCAUUUGUGCUAGCUUAGAGCUAUUUAAGAGACUUAUCUGCAGGCAGCGUGUUUUUUUUUUUAACCAAUAUGUGUAUAUUAGGUAAUCAAUGUGUGCUCAUCAUCUUUUACAGCAAGAGAAGGCUUCGCCUCUGCUUCACAUGAUGAGCCCCUUCUGAAUACUUACCUUUCUCAGUACAGAGCAGGACGGGUCAGAGUUUUCUUGAACGCAACACAACACUCCAAAACAUUGGCAUGAUCAGUGUGCAAAGAAAAAUGGAGUGUAAAUUGUAGUUUAUUUUAAGUGUACAUUUCAAAAAGUUGGCUUCUCCCUCUCACACCAACAGGGAGAAAAUUGACAUAAAUUGAACCAAUUUUUAAUAUCCAAGGGGGAAUUGCUUGGUAUUAUAAAACAGGAAAAAGCUUUUUGGUUUCGCUUUGGAGGCCGACUGCUGGUUUGAACAGAAGUUAUCAGUCAGAUGUGACUCUGGAGCGCUCCGUGGUCCCUUGAUCCCAAAGCUCUGCACGGCUCGGGCCUCCCUGUGCUUGCAUGACAUGGAAAUCUAUAUUUUUGUGUUGUGCACGUAGAUCAAUCUUUUGAAAUAAUCCUCUUGUUUACACAUGGAUGGUGAUGUGAAUAUAUUUAAGAAUCUAAUGGUAUACAAUAUGGAUGUUGCCAAACUUAAAUAAAUGUACACAUAUUAAGAGAGGUAAUCCAAUUGAACUGAACUACAUGUAACUUUUUUGUAUUUUACCUGGGUCAGCCAGAUGCUUCUACUCCAGUAACAGUUGCAUAUCUGAUCCCGUCUCAAACUGCCACACACUGUACUCAGCUUAAAGGGGAAAAAAUGGACGUUUGUUUUUUUUCUUUUGUAUAUAAGUAUUUGUUAAAUGCAGUUCUGGCUCUCUGUUCUCUGUGUAGUUCAGACCGCGCUUUAGUUUGGUAAGUGCUUCUUUUCUCUGAGGGACUUGGGUUCUUUUUAGUUAGUGUGGGGAUAUCUGAAAGAUUUUAUUUGGUUUUUCUUUUUCUGCAUGCUGCAUCUUAUGCUGUGGGACUGUUGGAAACUUGAUACUGUAUGAAAAUUAAAUAAAACUUUGAAUAACA